AUGCAGCCCACUUCCUGCAUCGUUGCUUCCCUUGCAAGUUGCAACAAGCCCCUCCGCUGCAGCAGGUCUCCUCGUCUACAUAUCUUCCCCUCUCCCCCCUCCAUCCUCACCUCCCAUCGACAAUUCAUCAACGAGCUUCUCUCUCCAAUCCAUCAAAUCAACUCAUCAACGACGAUCUCUUUCCUGGGCAUCAUCAACAACAAACACUCGACUAUCUCAUCCAUUCCGCUUAACCGAGUCUUUCCAAACAACACGUACAACGAUCUCACCUUACUAACUACCAAUUACUCCAACAUGACUCGCUCUCACAAGUACAACGACCGUGACCAUGCUGGUUUGGCCGACGGAACUGCUUCCCCCCAGGAGCACCUGCCUCGCUACUUCGCAAAGCACGGCCACGAGGGUGUCGACCCCAAAAAGGUGAAGAAGAACGGUGGUGGCAGAAGUAACUGGGGCAACGCCGGCGAGGAGGUCGUUGACGAGGACUUCCGCUUCACUAACGCUCGCCGCCGCACAAACAGCAGUGGCUUCGCCGACAACAUCGCGGCUUUCAAGACCAAGUUCGACGUCAACGAGCCUGAGCCCGUCUUCGAGGAGUCUGUCCACGGCCCUGCCGAGGAGGACGGCGAAGACCUCACCAAGACCGAGUCUUCCGAGAGUGGCCGCUCCUCGGCCUACGGUGACGACAAGGUCAUUAAGCACUAA